GCGUCGACGCCCGCCAUUUCGAUCGACCGUCGCGGCGCGCGCGUGCCAGGGCCGGGGACCGGUCCGCGCCCGCCGGAGAGACCAUGGGCGCCAUCUUCACGAAGCUCCUCGACGCCUUCUACAACAAGAAGCUCGAGGUCGUCCUCGUGGGCCUCGAGAACAGCGGCAAGACGACGCUCCUCAACGUCCUCGCGGCGGGCCGCCCCGUGGAGACGUGCCCGACCAUCGGGUUAAACGUGAAGCUCGUGCGCAAGGGGGGCGUGCAGAUGAAGUGCUGGGACAUCGGGGGCCAGGCCCAGUACCGGUCCGAGUGGGGAAGGUACACGCGCGGCUGCGACGUGAUUAUUUACGUCGUCGACGCGAACGCGCUCGACUCCAUCCCCCUCGCGCGCAAGGAGCUCCACCGGCUGUUGGAGGACCGCGAGCUCGCGACGACGCCGCUCCUCGUCAUCGCGAACAAGAUCGACCUCGAUCCGCACAUCUCGGAGCCCGACCUGAUCAGAGAACUGAACCUCGACUACAUCACGGAGAACCCCUGGAUCGUCAUCCCCGUCUCCGCCCUCAAGGUCAUCAACAUCGACCAGGUCCUCUCCUGGCUCAUCAAGCAGGGCAGCGCGAACAAGUGACGCGGCGGCAGCGGCGCGGCGCGCGCAAGCUCGUAACUAAACUGCCCUC